CUGGAGUUCCCAGGCUGAGAGCGCCCCUCCCCCCCUGCGGGGGCGGUUUAGAGCCCGCUGGAAAGACCUUGGACGUGAUUGCCUUUCCCUCCCCCACCCCACUUACCAAAUGACCACUGGGUGUGGCUGCGCACCCUGGGAUCGCGCAGCUCGGGGGCCGAACCCCUGAGUGGCUGAGGGCAAGUGAGGGUGACAUCCUUCCGGUUGAACAAAGGGACCAGAGAGGCGGGAGAGGCCGCAGCCCUGCCCCAUUAGCUUUGCUGUCGCAUCGGACUCGCAGCCUCACCUCGGGCCGCUUCCAGCCAUGAAUCUCCUCUUGCUGACUCUGGCCGCCCUGCUGCUCCUGUCCCAGCUCAUUCCAGGCAGCACUCAAAAAUGCUGGAAUCUUCAUGGCAAAUGCCGCCAGAAGUGCUUCAGGAAAGAAAAGAUCUAUGUUUACUGCACAAAUAAUAAACUGUGCUGUGUGAAACCCAAGUACCAGCCAAGAGAGAAGCUAUGGUUGUUUUAAGUUUUUUGAGGCCUGACGCCAUGAAGACACAGAUGAAGUCUGACCCCAGUAGAUUCUUAAAUUCAAUAAAUAUGUGUGGCCGA